GGAUGGGGGGACAAAUUGUUUGGCAAUAAAAUUACCCAUACCUGAAGUCCUCUGCAUACUUCACGAUUUUUGGUCAAAAUUUCGUAGUUUGGUGCCGAGUGAAGAUGAAGGAAGACAAGGUGAAGCUGAUUAGCGCCGAGGGCUUCGAAUUCGUCAUCGAUAAAAAGGCCGCAAUGGUCUCCCAAACAAUCCGCAACAUGCUCACCUCUCCAGGGAGUUUUGCUGAAACGGAGCAUGGAGAAGUGACUUUUCCAGAGAUAAGCACAACCAUUCUGGAGAAGAUUUGCCAGUACUUUUACUGGUCUCUUCAAUAUGCUAGUGGGAAGGAGACUGAGUUCCACAUUGAACCUGAGCUGACCUUGGAACUUAUGAUGGCGGCUAACUACUUGCAUACUUGAACAUGCACUGCCUUAUUUCUGGGCAAUGACUUUUCUUUAGCUUUGGAUCUAGGAGAUGAUGUUGUCAGCCUUUGCUAUUUAAAGGUUUGAUGUUUACUUUUAAUGUCUUCAUUGUCUCGAGACUGGUGAUAUCAGUGACUUGAAUGUUAAUAUGUAAGAUGUAAUAAUUUGAGACAUUUAUAGAAAGGAUGGACAUUCUAAUCACAUGUUAGACAAAGUUGUAUGAGAACUCUAUUUGAGCAAUGCUGUUGCAUGUGAUAUGUGAAGUUUCAUUUGCUCAUA